UGGUUCAGGUGUCAGCUCCUGGCUGGUACUGCAGGAUCUUCCCUGGCUCUUCACCGCAGGGGCAAAAGAACAGCACCACUCGUGAGUAAUGGUUAACCAGCUGGACACCCGUAUAUAAGGAAGCCCAGCCAGGGCUGCUGGGCUGUUUCCGCAGGAUGCACUGGGUGAAAAUACUGGGGGUGGCCGUUGGCGCUGCCGCCCUCCUGGGGCUGGGGAUAAUCCUGGGCCACUUUGCCAUCCCCAAAGCAAGUGACCCUCUGGCCCCCAACACUUCAGACUCCCAGGACCUGGACCUGGCCAUUCUUGACUUGGUAAUGGGACAACUAGAUGCCAGCAGGAUCCGAGAGAACCUUCGAGAACUCUCCAAGGAGCCACAUGUGGCCUCCAGCCCUCGGGAUGAGGCCCUGGUGCAUCUGCUGCUGGAGCGUUGGCGGGAUACUGAGACUGGCUUGGACUCAGCCAAGACCUAUGAGUAUACGGUCCUGCUCUCCUUCCCCAGCCCGGAGCAACCGAACAUUGUGGAAGUCGUGGGCCCCAAUGGAAUGGUCUUCCACUCCUUCCAACCCGGAGAGAAAAAUCUGACUGGGGAGCAGGUGGGGCCCAAUGUGUUGCAACCUUAUGCUGCCUACGCACCCCCUGGGACCCCAAAGGGCCUCCUCGUCUAUGCCAACCGAGGCUCCGAAGAGGACUUCAAGGAGCUAGAGACUCGGGGCAUCAAACUUGAAGGCACCAUCGCCCUGACUCGCUAUGGGGGCGUGGGGCGUGGAGCCAAGGCCAUUAAUGCUGCCAAACAUGGAGUGGUCGGAGUGCUGGUGUACACAGACCCUGGCGAUAUCAAUGAUGGGAAGAGCUUGCCCACGGAAACCUUCCCCAACUCCUGGGGGCUGCCUCCCUCUGGUGUGGAGAGAGGCUCCUACUAUGAGUAUUUUGGGGACCCUCUGACUCCCUACCUUCCAGCUCACCCCUCUACUUUCCGCCUGGAUCUUAACAACAUCUCAGGAUUUCUCCCAAUUCCUGCCCAGCCCAUUGGCUUUGAGGAUGCCAAAGACCUGCUCUGUAACCUCACUGGAGCCUCCGCCCCAGAUUCCUGGCAGGGAAAGUUGGGCUGUGACUAUAAGCUGGGGCCCGGCUUCAAGCAGGACGGGAGCUUCCCAGCAGACAGUGAGGUGAAAGUGAGUGUCCACAACACUCUGGAGCUGAGACCCUCCUCCAACGUCCUGGGCAUCAUCCAGGGGGCUGUGGAACCUGAUCGUUAUGUGAUCUAUGGAAACCAUCGGGACAGCUGGGUACAUGGAGCGGUGGAUCCCAGCAGUGGUACUGCUGUCCUCCUGGAGAUCUCCCGAGUCCUGGGGACCUUGCUAAAGAAGGGCACCUGGCGACCCCGCAGAUCCAUCAUCUUCGCCAGCUGGGGGGCAGAGGAAUUCGGACUCAUUGGCUCUACGGAAUUCACAGAGGAGUUCCUCAGCAAGCUGCAGGAGCGCACAGUGGCCUACAUCAAUGUGGACAUCUCCGUGUUCGCCAAUGCUACCCUCAGGGCACAGGGGACGCCUCCUGUACAAAGCGUGAUCUUUUCUGCCACCAAAGAGAUCAGUGCACCAGGUCCCAGCAGCCUCAGUAUCUAUGACAACUGGCUCCGAUAUACCAACCGCAGCAGUCCAGUGUAUGGCCUGGUCCCCAGCCUGGGUACCCUGGGUGCAGGCAGUGACUAUGCCUCAUUCAUCCACUUCCUGGGCAUCUCUUCCAUGGACCUUGCCUACACCUAUGACAAGGGCAAGACCUCAGCCAGGAUCUACCCUACCUACCACACGGCUUUUGACACGUUUGAUUACAUGGAGAAGUUUCUGGACCCUGGUUUCAGCAGCCACCAAGCUGUGGCCCGGACUGCUGGGAGUGUGCUUCUGCGGCUCAGUGACAGCCGCUUCCUGCCCCUCAACGUCAGUGACUACAGUGAGACACUACACAGCUUCCUGGAGGCUGCCCAAAAGGAUCUUGGCACCCUAUUAGAGCAGCAUAAUAUCAGCCUGAGUCCCCUGGUGGCCGCAGUGGAGAAGUUUAAGACAGCAGCUGCAGCCUUGGUCCACCGCAUCUCAACACUGCAGAAGAACAGCCCUAACCCCUUGCAGGUACGGAUGGUCAAUGACCAGCUAAUGCUCUUGGAACGGGCAUUCCUGAACCCAAGGGCUUUCCCAGAGAACCGAUACUAUAGUCACGUGCUCUGGGCACCCAACACGGCCUCUGCUCCCACAUUCCCAGGUCUGGCCAAUGCUUGUGCUAGAGCACAGGACGCCAACUCAGGAUCUGAAGCGUGGGCUGAAGUACAGAGGCAGCUUAGCAUUGUAGUAAUGGCCCUGGAGGGUGCAGCAGCCACCCUGGAACCUGUGGAUGACCUCUGACCCAGCCCUAGCUCUUGGGCUCUUCCCUUAUCUUGCAUCUCACACCUGUUUCUCUGGGACAUGUCCCAGUCUUUGCCGAGGCUAGGAGUAGAUUAAACCAGGAAACACUCCCAAGCUUUUGAGGCAACAGCCAGGGAUCCUUGCAGUUAAACACAACUGCUCAUGGUAGUGGGUGAAACUUGGGCCCAAAGUAGAGCGUAGAGGCCAUUGCCCAAGCGUCUUUCUUCUUGCCCUGCUCUUCAAUGUUCUCUCUCCCCUCUUAACCCUCAAAUAAAUGAAGUCUAACAAG